AAAAAAAUAAACGUAUUAAUUAUUCACGAGUAGGCGUGUCUCCCACAGGGCCCUUAUUUUCCUCAUUCAAAAAGUGCAUGUGAACUACGCUGGGCAGACGCAGGCUGGAGGAGUACAUGGCGGCGACAGAGAGCAGCUUAAGCCCGGCGGUGGAGUCGGUUGUGCCGGCUUGUAUGUUCGCACCUGACCCGGGCUGCGCGGAGGAUUCGCCCGGCGCUGAGCGCAGCGACGCCGGCGACAACCAGAACGGGGAAGCCGAGGACCAUUUAGACCUCACCAGCAAGUUUGCACUGGUCAGCCCUACAGGAGAGCAGUAUGAGUGUUUACAAAAGCAGCUGCGAGAGCGAAUAGAGGAAGGAUGCGGAGAAACCAUCUAUGUGGUCGGAAUGGGAACAGAUGGGGGUGAUUAUGGUCUGGAUGAGCGGGAUAUGGAAGCAUCUGUCGCUACGGUGCAGUCAAUUUGUGAACAGGUUGAUGCGGACUUGAUUCUGCUGAGAGAGAGGACAGAAACAGCAGGACAUGUCCGGGAUUAUCUCAUCCGUCGUCGAGUGGGAGAGGCAGACUUCCUGGAAGUCAGGGUGGCGGUCGUAGGUAAUGUAGACGCUGGUAAAAGCACACUUUUGGGUGUGCUAACCCAUGGUGAACUUGACAACGGCCGUGGAUUCGCCCGCCAGAAGCUAUUCCGACACAAACACGAGAUGGAGAGCGGCCGGACGAGUAGCGUCGGUAAUGACAUCCUGGGCUUCGACCAGGAGGGGCAGGUGGUCAACAAACCGGACAGCCAUGGAGGCAGCCUGGACUGGACCAAAAUCUGCGAGAGGUCAUCGAAGGUCAUCACUUUCAUUGACUUGGCGGGCCACGAGAAGUACCUGAAGACCACCGUAUUUGGCAUGACUGGCCAUCUGCCGGAUUUCUGCAUGCUAAUGGUGGGAAGUAAUGCAGGAAUCAUUGGCAUGACUAAAGAGCACCUCGGUCUCGCUCUGGCGCUCAACGUUCCUGUUUUCGUAGUUGUAACAAAGAUAGACAUGUGUCCCGCUAACAUCUUACAAGAGACGCUAAAGUUAUUACAAAGGUUACUCAAGUCUCCAGGAUGCAGAAAAAUACCAGUUUUGGUGCAAAACAAGGAUGAUGUCAUUGUUACAGCCUCAAACUUCAGCUCAGAAAGGAUGUGUCCGAUUUUCCAGAUCUCAAAUGUGACGGGAGAAAACAUGGACUUGUUGAAAAUGUUCCUGAACUUGCUGUCUCCCAGAACGACGUACAAGGACGACGAGCCGCCAGAGUUUCAGAUUGACGACACAUAUUCAGUGCCGGGUGUAGGUACUGUAGUAUCAGGGACUACUUUACGUGGAUUAAUACGGCUGAAUGACACGCUGCUCCUCGGUCCGGAUCCUCUGGGCGUCUUCAUCCCCAUCGUCGUCAAAUCCAUCCACCGCAAGCGCAUGCCUGUUAAAGAAGUGCAUGGGGGCCAGACUGCCUCAUUCGCUCUGAAGAAGAUCAAGCGUUCGUCGAUCAGGAAGGGGAUGGUGAUGGUGUCGCCCCGCCUCAACCCACAGGCAUGCUGGGAGUUUGAGGCAGAGAUUCUCGUACUGCACCAUCCAACGACGAUAUCGCCGAGAUACCAAGCUAUGGUUCACUGUGGCAGUAUCAGACAGACGGCCACUAUCAUCGGUAUGAACAAAGACUGUUUACGGACGGGGGACAAAGCCACCGUGCUCUUCCGCUUCAUCAAGACCCCCGAGUACUUCCACCCGGACCAGAGACUCGUCUUCAGAGAGGGCAGGACCAAGGCCGUGGGCACCAUCACUAAGCUGCUACAGAGCAAGCCUCAGGCCAAGAUGCAGUCUACCAAGAAAACCUCGUCACAGGUGGAAGGCUCUUCAUCAGCCUGCGAGGAAAGCUCACCGAUGGGAGGAAGCCCUCAGAUGGGACAGCUGUUGAAGUCUGGUGGAAGUGGUCGACGGCGUGGUGGCCAGCGGCACAAAGGCAGAUCAGCUCUGAGCAGCACUGGAACAACUACUUCAGCAGCUGGAGUGAGCAACAACUGAGCCUCCUCCAGCUCUCUCUCUCUCUCUCUCUCUCUCUCUCUCUCUCACCCAUCUACUGGUCAACUGACUUUAACGUUUCGAGUGAACACCAGAGGGCAGUAAAGCCUUUUUUCUCUUUCACCCUGCCCUUUUUUUCUUUCACUAAACCGGACUCAACUAUUUCUCCCUAAUUAGAAACAUUCAUCUCCACUGACACAAUCGUGCCAAAACCCUGACUGACAAGCAGCUGUUGUGUUCCUCGUCCACCCGCUUGUUUUUUUUGUUUUUUUUCUCACCCUUAUCAAACCCUUUUACUUAAUAUUUUAGAGUCUUAACAUCUUGUAAUAAACACCCCAAAAUCCUGGAUUUUGUAGCCGGAAUGUUUCCCCGAGGACCCAAUUAAGCAGCCCACGACUGAAUCCUUGUUUGUGUUCAGCGAUUUAGCUAUUUUCCAUGUCAUUUUCCUCCUUCAAUUGAAUUUGGCAAAUGCUAACGCAGAUGAAAGGGGAGAAAUCUGUUCUGCUUGUCAAUCUCUCAUGCCCCCUCAUCCUCUUCUGAUUUUAAUGAGCGUCGUAGCUGGUGAGAUGCGCAAAAUCAUGGCCAGAUAAAACCGCUCUCUCUUGGGGCGUCACAAAUUAGGUGGCUUUCUGUUCUCCCGUGUUGCUUUUCAUUGUGUGACCUGGCAUUACUUACAAAAGGUCUCACCUUUUCAAUGGAGAAGGGUUUUUUUUGGCUAAAAACGGGAAGCUAUCUGAGAUGACGUGGCAUUUCGUUCAGAAUUCUGUUGUGACUUUCUCAUUAAACCUUAUUUUCUGUCUAUUCUUAUUUAUUCUAGACUAUUUUCAUGGUAUUGAGAGUAGACCUUGAAUAAAUUCUAACUAAAUUACUAAUUUACCCAAAAAUGAAAAUUCGGUCGUCAUUUGUUCACCGUCAUAAUGUUCUACACUAUUAUGAUUAAUUAAUUUAUAAAUUUUUUUGUGGAGGAGUUGCUCUUUUCUGUGAAAUUACAAUAAAAAGACUUAUUAUCAAUUUGCAUCACAAAAGUGGUUUAUAAAUCUGAAAGCUCAUUUCCAGCACAGGGUAAUGUAUGUAUGUAUGUAUAUAUAUAUAUAUAUAUAUAUAUAUAUAUAUAUAUAUAAUAACGGUACUUGCAACUUUUUAUCUCACUAUUGGAAUUGUGAGAAGAAAAAAACAGAAUUCUCUGAAAUCUGAAUUUACAUAUCGCAAUUCUAAUUGUUUGUUUCACCAUGAAAUAGAAAAAUAAAUAAAAAAUUACUGUGACUUUUUUAAUAAGUCUGCCUUUUUUGUUAUACUCAAUUUUUAUUAGAAGUGCGAGGGGGGGAAAAAAACCCUGAAUUGUCAGAUUUGUGAGAUAUAAACUCGGAAUUCUGAAGGGGGAAAAAAAUCUGGAUUGCGAUAUGUAAAGAGUUUACAUUUUGAAAUGUUGAAAAUUUUUCUCUCAAUUAACAUCAUGUAAUUCUGACUUUUUUCUCUGAAUUCUGAGUUUACAUAUCGCAAUUCUAAUUUUUUUGUUCCACAAUAAAAUAAACGCACACUAUAAAAAAAGACUUCUAUGACUUUUUAUCUCACAAGUCUGCCUUUUUUGCUAUUCUGAAUUUAUAAUAUAAAUGCGAGGAAUAAAAUAAUAAUAAAAAAAAACACUGAAUUGUCAGAUUUGAGAUAUAUAGAUUCAGAAUUCUGAGAAAGUCUAAAUUACCACAUAUAUAAACUGAGUUCAGAUUUUGCCAAAUUUUUAUUGUUUUCUCAGAAAUCUGAAUUUACAUCACGCAUUUCUGACUUUUUUCUCCGAAUUUGUAUUGCAAUUUCUCAGAGUUUGUAUAUUGCAAUUCUGUUUUGGGUUUCCACCAUGCAAUAAAACAGUUGUGAGUUAUAAACUUGCAAUUGCAGAUGAACUUCUCGCAAUUCAAAUUAGUUUCUUACCAGAUGACUUCAAAAGACUAAGGAUUUAUCUAUAAAUGUCACAUGGACCACAUUUAUGGCGCUUUUGAAUCUUGAAAGCUUCAGUUCCCAGUGUAAUUGUGAAAAGAGCAACUGUUGCACAAAGGAAAGAAUGUCAUAGUUGUGUGAAAAGACAUUAGGGUGAGGAAAUAAAAGAAUUUUCAUUUUUCGGGUGAACUAUUCAUUUAAAUAUGAACCAGAAUUGAAGUUAUUCUUCUGUGAAUCUAAUAUACAUUUACAUAUCUGUGUGAUCCCUGCUUGGGAUUGCAUUCGAUUUGAAAUUCGUCAGGGAAAACUGUGGUGGAAUGUCGUAAAGGUCUUGAAGUUCCCUGUUAAAAAGAAAGCAAGUUCAACAGUUAGCCAUUUAGUGGGGAUUUUAAAGUCCAUUAUAUUCUGUAAUACAAAUUCUGACCAACGGAGUUCAACAUGAGAAACACCAAAUCUUGUCUACCAAGAUGUGGUUUCAUAAUUACAAUUUUAAAACAAAAGAAAAACUCCGUGCCCACACAGUCGCUUUCAUUUACAUAGUUUACAUGAUCCCAAUGUGCGGUAUUCACACAAGGCAUUGUUCAAGGCAGUUCUGGUUCUUGUUCUUGGAUUUGAUCUGCUGUUCUUGUCUUUUGAAUCAAUAAAGGUGAACCACAGGGUCUGUACUAUCAGGGAAAUCUUUAGACAUUGAUUUUAGUUUUAUCUGAGGCAGCCAAGUAGAUUCGAACCUCUUUAAAAAAAAACAUUUUUACACACGUGAUCACUAAGUUCAACUGGAAUGGCUUAAGACCACAUAUAAACCCUUGAGUUAUACAAAAAACAGAUUUAAUACUUUUUUUUUUUUAAUCUUCAGGAACCUGAAGAAUAAUAUAUAUAUUUUUUUUAUUAGUAUUUUACUUAUUUAUA